AAUGCCCUCUGGUAGCCGUUGGGGCCCAUGGCUCUCCUUGUUGGCUCUUUCUCCGGUGCUCAUUGGUUCGCCAUGGGUGGCAUACAACCACCACUACGGGCUGCCGGAGCCUCUUUCUGCAUGGACGAACCCAACAACUAAGCGCCCACAAAUCUCAGAGGAGCGUAUCUUAGGGGUCGCAAGGCAUCUCUCAGAAGGCAUUGGGUAUCGUACAGUCGGAACGUAUGAACAUUCUUUGGCAGACCAGUGGAUGCUCCAAGCAGCUGAGCAGGUCCAGGCGAACUGCGAGAGGAUUUCUGCGAAGCACGGGCGCAAGCUGGAGUGUGAGGUCUGGCGACAGGAGGGCAGUGGGAACCACAGAUUCGACAUGAUGGGCAAACGGCUGUACAAGACAUACGUGAAUCUCAGCAAUAUCGUCGUACGUAUAUCGGAUGGCACGCCUGAAGGCAAGGAGCAUGCUGUCCUCGUCAAUGCGCACCUUGACAGCACGUUGCCGAGUCCUGGUGCAGCUGAUGAUGCAUUGGCCGUUGGUAUUAUGCUGGAUUGUAUGCGUGUCUUGGUGGAGACACCGAAGUGGUCUCCUAAACAUGCUAUCAUCUUCGUGUUCAACAAUGCGGAAGAAUCUCUGCAGGAUGGAUCGCACUUGUUCUCGACCCAACAUCCUAUCGCAUCGAGUGUUCGUGCUGCAUUAAAUCUGGAAGCUGCCGGAACGACGGGACGAGAACUCUUAUUCCAAGCAACGUCAGAAGCCAUGAUCGAAGCGUAUUCCCAUGUACCUAGACCCUAUGGGACGAUCUUCGCCAACGAUAUCUUUAGCUCUGGAAUUAUCAUGUCGGGUACCGAUUUCCGUCAAUUUGAGCUCUAUCUCAACGUAACUGGUCUAGAGAUGGCUGUCGUCGGAAACAGCUACCUCUACCACAUGAGAAAGGACGUCGUUGAGAACAUCGAACCGGGAGUCGCGCAGCACAUGGGCGAGAACGCACUCGAGCUUAUCCGAUACCUCUCAUCCGCUGGUUCACCUUUGCCCAGCCUUACAAAUGGAUACACCCGCCCGACCACCGCCUUCUUCGCGCACCUGGGUCCGACGUUCUUCAUCUACUCGUUCAGAACCGCCAAUAUUAUGUAUACGAUCCUCUUCGUACUGUCCUUUGGUCUCAUCCGGUUAUCGUUUGUUGACCCGGCCCCAGCCCUGAAGACUGGCCAUGGUUUUUGGAGAGAGCAGGGAAAGGGCGCUGUCGCGGUUGUCGCGGGCAUGGUCGGGACAAUGCUGGUUCCAAACGUGGUUGCAGUGCUGAUGAAGAGCCUGUUGAACAAGCCCAUGAGCUGGUUCUCGAACCCGUUGGCGCCGCUUGGGUUGUAUGGACCGUCUGCUCUGCUUGGAGCGAUGCUCUCUCAGUACCUUGUCGGCGAAGUGCACGAACAAUCCGUGUUUACAGCUCUCUUGCUCCUCCAGUCGCUAUUCGCUAUUGUUGUCCAGAUGGCAGGCAUAGGCUCCGCAGCGAUCUUCUUCCUCACGGCUUCGCCGCUCUUCAUUGCUCUGUCCCUCAACCCGCUCUUCUCUGGAACGACAAAGAGACUAUCGUUAUGGACCUAUGGCAUUGGACAGGCUUUCCCUCUUUUGACUGGGACGAUGCUCAUAAUUGGUGUCGUUGAGGUGUUUGUUCCACUGACUGGCAGAAUGGGCGCAGAUGCUCCUGCAGAGAACAUCAUUGCCGUUAUCGUCUCCAGCUUGGGGGCAAUAUCGCUUCCUCUUGUCUUGCCACUUACACAUCGUUUCGGGCACCGAGCGCUUCUCAGGGGUGUUAUCUUCAUGACCAUGGCCACCGCUGCGUCCAUCGCACUCUACGCCAUGCGCGUGCCGUUUGACAAGAUGCACCAGAAGCGGCUGUUCAUCCUGCACACGGAGAACAUCACGAGCAGCGAGCAGCAUCUGCACCUUGCUGCUGCUGAUGGCGCGCCGGGGUUCGACACCCUGGUUGAGGAUAUCGUCCAUGAGUUCGGGACGACGGAACACGCACCUGCGCCUGUGCAUAUGAACGGAUAUAACAGCGAUUGGGAUUCGUUGUAUCCGUUUUCUGCGUUCUUGUCUCCUUACAAGGUGCCCCUGGCCGUAGACCCUUCUUAUGUAUCACCAUGGGUUAAUGGGCAAUCCUUCCUUGUGACGAGCGUCGACCACGGCGAGAGCCUGAUUCCGGGCUCACGAAACCUGACCGUGACAAUUUCACAUCCUGGGCUGAUCUGGACGGCUAUUGCUUUCGACGCACACGUCCUUCAGUGGUCUCUCGAUGACAACCCGCCUGACGAAUACGCCCGACACCACAUCAAAGAAGCUUCAUUCUACGGGACGGACACGGCCUCCUUCGACAUGGUCGUGAAAGUGCCGCCUGGCUCCGACUCGAACUCGGGCAUCCUGGUCAACUUCAUGGCUCUGCAAGAGAAGGGCAUGUGGCCUGCCAAGCGUGCUGUAAAGGCCCAAGGCGGAGCGGCGAUGCAGCUGUUCGAGAAGCUGGAUACGUGGUUAGACAAGCGCACUGGCGGGGCUGUCGAUGCACUGCUGAUGGGGUGUGUUGCGGGUGUAAUGACGAUUUG